AUGGGCGGAAGCCGAGGUUCUUCCAAAAGGAGCAAGUCCUCUAAAAGCCGAUCUAAAAGUCGAUCCAAAAGCCGAUCUAAAAGCCCUUCCAAAGACAGAAAGUCUCCUGUCAAAAAGGCACCCGAGGAACCCAGCAUUCCUAUUGAUUCAAGUGUACAAACUUGCCCAAAUAAUUUCUGCUUCUAUUGUUGUUACCAACUAGCAGAGGAUCAUGAUGUCCAGUCGCAUAUACUCCUUUUAGCACAUGCCCCUCUCAAAUUCGGUGAUACUAAUCUCUCUCACACAUGUCGACGUUGCCAAGAAACCGUUCCUCUUAAAUGGGGUCCAACCCACAAGUGUUGCGGUUUCAACUCUAUCUACAAUCAGCGCAAUUUCUCUGCCUCAGUUAUUCAAGGGGGAGCCCCAUUUAGAUGUCUCCUCUGUCGUGGACGUGCCUAUAAAUCUCGCAGCGAUUUAGUGACCCAUCUCCUUGCAUUCCAUCAGCCUAAUCGACCCCAAGGCCAAUGUGGUCUGUGCAACUUCACGUUUGAAGAAACACCUUCUGAAAGCAAUGAAGAUAAUCCAGAACUUAAAUCAAACGACCAGAAGCUUAUUAGACACUGGAUUGUUGAACAUGCCCCAACUUAUCGCCUUGUUUCACGCCAAGCUGUGCAUGAAGACUCUGGCCUCCGUGUGCCCUACGCCUGCGUUAUCUGUCGUCGAAUAUAUCAGAAUAAUUGGGAGUUCCAUGCUCAUGUUAUCUGUCGGCAUGGAGUUAAACCUGAUGUGGAAUCUUCUCUAUUCAAAUGCUUCAUGUGCCAAAAGUGUGCUAACUCCGAGGAGGCUUUUGAUAAACACAUUCGAUUUCAACAUUGUGAUAAGUUUAAGUGCUUGGCCGAGAGUCUAUUGAAUAAGGAGAUGUUUAUGAAUGUGGCUGACCCUGCCUCUACUUGUUCAAUAUGCUGGGAAAGUUUUGACGAGAACUUUGAGCUGCAAGCUCAUCUUCUCACUGCACAUGGAACUCCCAACUUUCUCCACUGUGGCUGGUGUAAAGUGGACUUUUCAAGGAGCUUAGUACCCUUGGACGCCUUUCUUGUAUUUCUUAACCACGAACGAAAUCAUGCGAGGGAGCUGCAGUUGACAGCCUUGGAAAUGCACAUGACAAACAAGGAGUUGCCUGAGAUUUUGCCUGAUCAUAUGACUAAAGAAUCUGUUCAGGCAUCGUUGGAUGCCCUGACUGGUCCAGCUGAUGAUAAGCAAGAAGGCGCCUCAAAGCGUAGUAAGAGCAAAUCGUCUAAAAGUAAGAGUGGAAAGAGUUCGAAGUCGGGCGGAAGUAGCAAAGGAAGCAAGGGAAGUAAGGGAAGCAAAAACAAGAAGAAGAAGUAG